GCCUUGUUUUAAAUAGCACAUACUGUUUUUCGUAUCAAACGUGCAUAGCUAGUCAGUUAAUCUGCAAAUUAUUUGUGAAUUCUACAAUUGUUUCAAUUAUGGCAGUCGUAGUUGCACUUGCUUUCGUCUUUCUCGUUAUGUUUCCGGUUCCAUCUCCUGUCAGAGCACUUAGCUCAAACUACUAUGACCACACAUGUCCUCAUCUCGAGUCCAUUGUCGCAAGUGCAGUCAAGAAAGCAAUGUCAAAUGACAAAACUGUUCCAGCCGCGCUACUUCGAAUGCACUUUCAUGAUUGCUUCAUCAGAGGCUGCGAUGCUUCUGUGUUGCUGAACUCCAAAGGAAAAAACAAGGCAGAGAAAGAUGGACCGCCUAACAUUUCAUUGCACGCAUUUUAUGUGAUCGACGAGGCAAAGAAAGCUUUGGAAACUUCGUGUCCUGGCGUCGUUUCUUGUGCUGAUAUCUUGGCCUUGGCUGCCAGGGAUGCAGUUUUUCUGUCUGGCGGUCCGAAAUGGGAUGUGCCCAAAGGAAGGAAAGAUGGAAGAAUUUCCUUGGCAACUGAGACUAGGCAGUUACCAGCUCCCACUUUCAAUAUAUCCCAGCUACAACAGAACUUUGCUCAAAGAGGUCUCACUAUUGAAGAUCUAGUUGCUCUCUCAGGUGGUCACACACUGGGGUUCUCCCACUGCUCUUCAUUCCAAAACAGAAUCCACAAGUUCAAUGCCACCGUUGACGUCGACCCGACUAUGCAGCCGUCGUUUGCGGCCAAGUUAAGGAGCGUGUGUCCGGCACACAACAAGGCGAAAAAUGCAGGGUCACCGCUGGAUUCUUCCAACUUGGUAUUUGACAACGCAUACUACAAGCUGCUUCUUCAAGGGAAAAGUAUCUUCUCUUCGGAUCAAGCUUUACUCACCACCCCAAAAACCAAAGCAUUGGUUUCAAAAUUUGCUAGUUCCCAAGAGGCUUUUGAGAAGGCUUUUGUUACCUCAAUGAUCAAAAUGAGUAGCCUCAGCGGUGGACAAGAGAUCAGGCUAGACUGCAGAGUGGUCAGGUGAUUUUGAAGCCAUUUGAAUUGGACUCUAUUUAUCUUUUUAAAGCUAUCAUCAAAAAAGAAAAAAUAAGUUUGCAUGCAGUCGAAAAGGACAGCUAGGAGGGAUUUGUAUUUGUGUAUCAUGUGAUUUAAUGAUUAAAAAGAAAGCAGUGUUGUGUUU